GCGUUUGGCUUUCUGAAUUUGGCUGACUUCACUCAAGAUGAUGUUCUCCACCAACCCUUGUGACCUUGUAGGUCGGUUAUAACCAACAGCUUGAUUACCUAAGAUCAGGAAAGGUUUUUCAGCUCUGAGGGAGGAGAGCAGGAAUCUUGAGUUGAGGUAACCCUGGUGAAAAAAUUUGUAGCCCUAUUCCGGAAACAAGACAGAGAAGCCAAGCACGGUCUGCAAUCCCAGAACUCGGACAGAAGUUAGAGGACAUCCUGGGCUACAUAUAAGACUCUGUCAAAAAAAGAGAAAAAAGAAAAAAGAAAAGAAAAAGUGAGAGCAGAGGUGUAGGGAAAAAAACCUUUGUUCAGCUCUAGGACCCCAUCGCAUAGAGGACAUCUGCGGGGAGUGCUAGCUUCCAGGUGAAGGAUCAAGAAACAGCCCUGUGCCUACCCUGAGACAACGCCCUACAACACAAGGAAACUGAGGCACUCACAGACGUACGGAGAGCUCAGAGGCCGCGGAGACGGCGGCAGAGCCCACGCCCACCCACUACGUGGGUCCCCGGGCGGCCGCGCAUGCGCGGGAGGCCGGGUCAGCGCGCAGGCGCAGUGCGUCGCUCACGGGCUGACUGCUGCGGUCGGACCCUCAGUUCUCUGGUGCUGGCCCUGGAGAAAGCAGGAUGGUGCUGGAUCUGGACUUGUUUCGGGUGGAUAAAGGAGGGGACCCUGCGCUCAUUCGAGAGACUCAGGAGAAGCGCUUCAAGGACCCGGGUCUGGUGGACCAGCUAGUGAAGGCAGACAGUGAGUGGAGACGAUGCAGAUUUCGUGCAGACAACUUGAACAAGCUGAAGAACUUAUGCAGCAAGACAAUCGGAGAGAAGAUGAAGAGAAAAGAGCCAGUGGGAGACGAUGAACCCGUUCCUGAGAGUGUGUUGAAUUUUGAUGACCUCACCGCGGACACUUUAGCUACCCUGAAAGUUUCACAAAUCAAAAAAGUCCGACUCCUCAUCGAUGAAGCCAUCCUGACAUGUGACGCUGAGCGGAUGAAGCUGGAGGCAGAGCGGUUUGAGAACCUCAGAGAGAUCGGGAACCUUCUGCACCCUUCUGUGCCCAUCAGUAACGACGAGGAUGCAGACAAUAAAGUAGAGAGGAUUUGGGGUGAUUGUACCGUCAGGAAGAAGUAUUCUCAUGUGGACCUGGUAGUGAUGGUAGAUGGCUUUGAAGGCGAAAAGGGGGCCGUGGUGGCUGGUAGUCGAGGCUACUUCCUGAAGGGCGUCCUGGUGUUCUUGGAACAGGCGCUUAUUCAGUAUGCCCUCCGCACUUUGGGAAGUCGAGGCUACACUCCCAUUUACACCCCCUUCUUCAUGAGGAAAGAGGUCAUGCAGGAGGUGGCACAGCUCAGCCAGUUUGACGAAGAGCUCUAUAAGGUGAUUGGCAAAGGAAGUGAAAAGUCGGAUGACAACUCCUAUGAUGAGAAAUACCUGAUUGCCACCUCUGAGCAGCCCAUUGCUGCGCUACACCGGGACGAGUGGCUACGGCCGGAGGAUCUGCCCAUUAAGUAUGCCGGCCUGUCCACCUGCUUCCGCCAGGAGGUGGGCUCCCAUGGCCGUGACACCCGGGGCAUCUUUCGAGUCCAUCAGUUUGAGAAGAUUGAACAAUUUGUGUACUCAUCACCCCACGACAACAAGUCAUGGGAGAUGUUUGAAGAGAUGAUUGCCACCGCAGAAGAGUUCUACCAGUCUUUGGGGAUCCCUUACCACAUUGUGAAUAUUGUCUCAGGCUCUUUGAAUCACGCUGCCAGUAAGAAGCUCGACCUGGAGGCCUGGUUUCCAGGCUCAGGUGCCUUCCGUGAAUUGGUCUCCUGUUCCAACUGCACGGAUUACCAGGCUCGCCGGCUCCGAAUCCGAUACGGGCAGACCAAGAAGAUGAUGGACAAGGUGGAGUUUGUCCACAUGCUCAACGCUACGAUGUGUGCCACAACCCGUACCAUCUGCGCCAUCCUGGAGAACUACCAGACAGAGAAAGGCAUCACUGUGCCCGAGAAGUUGAAGGAGUUCAUGCCGCCAGGACUCCAAGAGCUCAUCCCCUUUGUGAAGCCAGCACCCAUUGACCAGGAGCCAUCAAAGAAGCAGAAGAAGCAACAUGAGGGCAACAAAAAGAAAGCAAGAGAUGUUGCCCUGGAAAACCAGCUGCAGAACAUGGAGGUCACUGACGCCUGAACAUUCCUUCCUCCCAGUGUGCCGAGCCUCCUUUCUGCCAGCUGGGAGCUCAGGGCCUGUCCUGGAGCAGGGAGGCCAAGCACCACUCAUCAUCUUACCCCUCCUGACUGCACGCCGAGGGGAACCUCCUGCCACGUACGGCGCAGGCAUCCCUGUCGCCUCACCGGUGACUGAAGAAGCCAUGUAAUAAAGCAUCUCUGGGGAGGGAGUAUGACUUCCUCAGUCUUCUCCCUGGGUUCAAACCC